AUGUCGAAACUCUCCGCCAGCCUCAAGGCAUUGAUCAAUGCCCCCGCCGCCCGUCCGGCCACCGUCCCCGCCCCGGCCAACAUAACCUCGGUCUACCAGAAGAUCCAGCAAACCGCCCAAGCGAAACAGAUCUCACAGCCAUCAUGGGUCGCCCUAUCCACCGCAGCAACAAUGACGAUGAACUCCCCAGAAUCCCUAACAGCCCUUUACAACCUCGCGAGCAACACAACACCAACUCAAUCCCUCGAAACAGCCGAACUCAUGCGCGAAGUCGGCCUCAAAUGCAUCUCCUUCAACGGCAUCCCUAGAACGAUCAACUGCCUGGGCUCCUUCCGCGCAAGCCUGCCAGAAAGCAUAACGGCAAGAUUAACUCGUACCCCAACCCGCGCGCCGACACCUGAAAAUAUUUCUGAAAUCAGCGCGCGUGGCCAUGCGCUCUGGGAUUCCAUCUACAGACCAUUUGAGACGAAAUUGUUUGAUAAGCUCGCUGAGUCGCAUCCUGAUCUACCGGUUCAUAUCUUGCAUGCCAAUUAUGGGGCUUUGCUUUCUGAUCCUGUGCGUGAGCGGCUUGGGGGAUCGAGUGCUGGACGGGUUUUGACGUCUAUUGUUGCUGUUGCUUGUUUGAGGGCUCAGAGUGGGGUUGGGCCGCAGGUUACUUCGCAUGUUUUUGGUUUGAGGAAGGCCCUUGAGGAUGGGUCUUGGGCUGAGGAUGUUGAGGGGGAGGCUGGGGCUAAGUGGCUGGCUAGUGAUGAGGGUAAUUUAUGGAUUUUGGAGAGUGUUGAUGCCAUUGUUGAGGCUAUUGGGGGUGGGGAGGGUUCAAAUUUUGCUCCUGGACGGGCGAAGUUAUAG